GAUUGCGUGGCUGAGGAACUAAUACGAAUCUUAGGAGAACCACACCUCAAAAACUAGCUAUUAAGAUGGGAGAGCCCAAGGCCAUAUAAACUCUAGCUGUUAAGAUGGGAGAGUCCAAGGUCAUAUAAACCCUACACUAGUUGUCUAUAUUUUCUAAUAUGGGAUUCAAGUCUCGUACCUUGCACUUAAGAUCCUAACAUACCACCACGCUCCACAGUCCCAGCGCCCACGCGGGUUGGCUGUGCGCUACCUCCCUGCUAGCCUCGGGCAAACACUACAAUACCGGCGUCACCACCCACGCCGCACGAUUGCAACUAUGAGACAUGAUGAUGAAUUUGAUACCAAAUAAAAUGAACCUUAGGAGAAUCAUACCUCAAAAACUAGCUAUUGAAAUGGGAGCAUCCAAGCUCAUAUAAACCCCACACUAGUUGCCCAUACUUUCCAAUGUGGGAUCCAAGUCCCACACCUUGCACUUAGGAUCCUAACAGGAACCUAGACUUAGAAACCUGAAUCAAGAGAUUUGAUUGAAAACUAUAAAAAUGUGUUUAAGGGGUUGAAAUCUCUGGUUGAUGUGGGUGGUGGAAUUGGAACUAUGGCCGAAGCUAUAGCCAAAGCUUUUCCGGAAAUUCAGUGCACUGUUUUUGAUCUUCCACAUAUUGUUGAAGAUUUACAGGGGACUGAGAACUUGGCUUUCGUUGGAGGCGAUAUGUUUCAGUCAAUACCACCUGCGGAAGCUGUUUUGCUCAAGUGGCUUCUACAUGACUGGGGAGAUGAAGAUUGCCUGAAGAUACUAAGGAGGUGUAAAGAAGCAAUUUCAAGCAAAAAUAAAGGAGGGAAGGUGACUAUUAUUGAAAUGAUAAUUGAUACGCAAAAACAAGAUAAGGAGUCGAUUGAAGCACAGCUCUGCUUUGACAUGUGCCUCAUGUCUCAGCUAGGCUUUGCAAAAGAACGAACCCUCAAAGAAUGGCGCAAACUCUUCCUGGAAGCCGUUUUCACCCACUAAAAGGCAUCUCCAAUUAUGGGUCUUAGGUCUCUCAUUGAGCUUUACCCUUGAUUUUUUAUUUCAAGUAGAAGGAUUUUGUCGUAUUCCAAUAUAAAUUUAGUAAAUUAGUGUUCGAUCGAUAGUGCAGAAGAUUUGAAAUAAGGGCAUAGUACCUUUUG